AUGGCAACGGAUGCUAACCAAAAGGUUUUGCCUCUCGCCUUCGCUGUUGUGAACAAGGAGUCAGGGGCUAGUUGGGGGUGGUUUUUAGAGUGUCUCAGGACUUCCAUAGAGCAUGUCAUACCUAACGAUGGCAUUUGUAUUAUUUCUGACCGACAUAAAGGUAUCAAAUGUGCCAUUCGAGAGUGGCCUAGACGUGAGGACGGAAGAGAACAGGUAUAUCACCGAUAUUGCCUUCGACAUGUUGCUAGCAACUUCAACAGACACUUUGAUAACCCGAUUCUAAAGGCAUUGGCCUUGAAAGCUGGAUAUGCGAGUAAUGAAGCUAAAUUUAAGUCCAUAAUGCAAACCAUUAAGGAGGCCGAGAUUAAUUUACUGAGGGGUGUAGACCCUACUGAUACGCGGAUUGAACGUUAUAUGCCGUACACAUAUCUAGUGAGUGAGGAAGUGGAGAAAUGGACCCAGUCACAUGAUGGUGGAAGACGUUACGGGGCAAUGACAACCAAUAUCUCCGAGUGCUUUAAUGGGGUACUUAAAGGUGCCCGCGGUUUGCCCAUUGCUGCAAUGGUUCAUUUCACUUGGUGCAAACUUGUUGCAUAUUUCCACGAUCGACAUAAACAAAUUACUUCUGAUCUCUCUCGAGGUAAGCUGUGGAGUGAUUAUGCAAUGGAGAUCUAUAGCAGAAAUGAGCAGAAAAUUGCAGGACACACUGUGAGGAAAUUUAAUCAUGCAGAGGGUGUAUAUCAGGUGGUUACCCCGUACAAUGACCAUAGAGGUGGAGGGGGAAACCACAGUCAUGAAGUGCGCAUAUUUGCUAGAACAUGUGGUUGCAGAAAGUGGCAAAACUUGAAGAUCCCUUGUUCACAUGCAAUUAAAGUUCUUCAAGGUCUGCAUCUCAAUGCGACCAACUAUAUUGACCCAUGUUACAGUUUGAACAACGCCAUUCUCACAUAUUCACAUAAUUUUGUGGUACCAAAGUCAGAGUCUGAGUGGAGGGACGUUUCCGGACCACGAUGGGUGCCUGAUCCACUGCUGUUGCGGGGCAUAGGUCGUCCUGUGAAGUCAAGAAUAAGGAAUGAAAUGGAUGGGGUACGGCGAGAACGGGGAAGCCGGAGGGAAGAUCCGGACUUGAGGGAGACUCAACCGAGGCAACGAUGCGGAGUGUGUCAUCAAGAGGGGCAUAACCGUAGAAGUUGUCCCAAUUCCCGUGGGGCAUCGACAAGUGGUACUGCUAUAAACUAGGCAAGCGGAAACUCGGUUUUGCUAAGUGACAUUGUACGUGGGACUUGUGGUUAUCUUCUGUAUUGACAAGUGCUAGGUGACUAUGUAGAAUCUGUUGUAUCAGUAUGGAGAAGUGCUUGGUGACUAUGUAGAGUAUGUUGUAUCAGUAUGGUUUUAGUAUGGACAAGUGGUAGGCAAAUAUGGAGACUAUGUUCUAUUUAUUAGUUGUUAUUUUGGUUAUUGUUGAAUGUUGUUGUAAUUGAACUAUUUGCUGUCCAUUGUACUUGUUACUAUAGUUGCGUUGUGCAGCUGCCUAUAAUGCCAGCAAUUAUAUUAC